AUGGCGAUCAACCGCUCUUACGAAAACGAUGGCAGUGGUCGGGACACCUAUAUCAAUCAUGCCGGGGCCUACUGGAUGAAUCCCCUCCCCAAGGCACGCUUUCUUCAGAGCCUGAGCGCCCCCAACGGAGUCCAGCCCGUCACCUUCCACGACUCCUUCGGCUGCGAGCCCAAGCCGGGCCGGGAGCUUUACGGCCGCUCACGCUUUGGCCUCGACCCCCUGGUCCUCCCCAAGCAGGAUUUAGCCCUUCCCAAGCAGGAUUUUUCCCUCCCCAAGAAGAAUUUAGCCCACCCCAAGCUGGAUGGCGGCCUUCCUCGCCAGGAUGUCUCCCUUCCACGGCUGGAGCGCGUCUUUGCGCGGACGGAUCGCACCGCGGACGGGGUCGAGGCGAAUUUUGGUGGGACCAAAGGCCCUUGGGAGGCACCAAAGGGGGCCAACCUGACGUUGGUGCGCAUCGCCCCUAGCUACGAGUCGACCUGCCAUCACGGCCUGCGUACGGGGCGCUUCUACACAGAUGAUCAAGCCCCCCCGCACGGGAAUAAGCUUCCGGAGAAGGGCCUGCGAUGGGGACGAUCCAAAUAUUUCUAA